AUGGCCGAAUCCUUCCCGUCGUCGGUUAGUGGCAGCAUGGCCGCGAUCAAACAGCAGGCUCAGCUCCAGCAGACAUCGUCCGCGAUGUCGAUCGAGAAGCUGGUCCGUGUUGGGUACUACGAGCUGGAGAAGACGAUCGGCAAGGGCAACUUUGCCGUGGUCAAACUGGCGUCGAACGUCAUAACGAACUCGAAGGUUGCAAUUAAAAUAAUCGAUAAAACAUGUCUGGACGAGGAGAACCUGGCGAAGACGUUCCGCGAAAUAUCGAUACUAAAGGUGUUACAUCAUCCGCACAUCACACGUUUAUACGAGGUCAUGGAGUCACGCAACAAGAUCUACCUGGUGACGGAACACGCGGCCCAGGGCGAAAUAUUCGACCACCUGGUCGCGAACGGGCGCAUGAAGGAAGAGGAAGCCGCUCGCAUCUUCUCACAGAUCGUGGCCGCCGUCGACUACUGUCAUCGGAAGGGCAUCGUGCAUCGGGAUCUGAAAGCGGAAAACGUGCUGCUCGAUACGGAGAUGAAUGUAAAGUUGGCCGAUUUUGGUUUCAGCAACACCUUCGUCGAGGGUCAACCAUUGCGGACGUGGUGUGGUUCACCACCAUACGCCGCCCCAGAGGUGUUUCAGGGCGUGGAGUACGAUGGACCAAAGUCCGACAUCUGGAGCCUUGGUGUGGUGUUGUACGUGCUCGUGUGUGGCGCACUUCCAUUCGACGGGAACACAUUACACGACCUGCGAAGUGUGGUGGUGGCUGGGAAGUUCCGGAUCCCAUUCUUUAUGUCACAGGAGUGCGAACAGUUGAUCCGGCACAUGCUGGUAGUCGAACCCGAACGACGCUAUUCGCUGAAACAGAUCGCUCACCAUCAGUGGCUGGCUCAGUACAACUCGAUACCGAUGUUGGAGGCGGGUGAGAGUGGGGUGAUGCCGCACCACCUACACCAACGGGAACCGGAAAACCUGGACACAGUCGUGAUGACGCACAUGCUUCAAUUACCCGGACUGACGGCGGAUAUGAUCGCGCAGUCAGUGCACGAGAGCCGGUUCGAUCACAUCUACGCGAUCUACAACCUGCUGGUGGACAAACUGCGCCAGAAGCGGAAGGAGAAGGGCCGGUUGCAGCACCAUGCGAGUCUGGCGUACUCGCGGUCGCGCAAGACCAGUAUUACGACGGGUGUGGUCGAUCGGACCGAGGUCAUCAAGAACGACUCGCUCGAACGGCUGAGUCCCCUGACGAGCGUCGGUUCGACCAUACUGAACAUAUCAUCCGGCGGGCUUGUCGGUCCGGAAGAGCUGGAGAAGUACGAUCUAGACGCAGUGACAGUGGUAGCCCCAUCGUCGGCAACCACAACACCAAUCACCUCGCCCGGAGGAACUACCCUAAAAGCGGUGGAGCCGUCAUCUUCGAGCUCGACCGGCGAACAUCAUCUGUUCCCGCCAAACUGCACCGCCAAUGGAACGGCCGGUGGUGGAGGUAACACGCGCCGCCACACUGUCGGACCAGGCGAUGUGGCACACGAACAGGUCCUGGUUAAUCCGAACGUUGUCCCGAUAAGCUUCAAGAUCGGUGGUGGUGGCAUGCUGGAGCCGCCCAAUCCACCGACACCGAACGUACCGAUCAACAUUCCAUCGCUGCAGAACCAACCGAUACACUAUCUGACCAUCAAGGAUCAACACCUGCUGAAACCCCCUACUGUGAUGGGUGCAACGAGCUCAUUCGGGAGACGUGCAUCGGAUGGUGGAGCUAACCUGCAGAUCUACUAUCCGUCGUCGUCUACCAACUUCCACGAUCAACACCACGUACAGCAGCAACCGCAGCAACAGUCUCAGCAGCAACAGCAACAGCAGACCACAGACGGUACGGUUCUGGGAUCGGGUGGAGGUGCACCAGCAGGGGUUGGUGGAGGCAACGGUACCGGGGGUGUUGGCGUAAACAAUUCCGCUCUCGCCGUGGACCAUGUGAUGCUGCAGACGCCCAACAGCGAAGGAACGGAUGAUUCGAACGACGAAAUUCAAAGAUAUAUGCAUGGCCGAGGUUGCACCAAACGGCACACCGUAGGAUGUACGGACGAUCUAUCGACGGGGAAUGCGUCACCGAUGGAACCGCCGCAGGCCCACUCGCCGGCCCCGUCCGUGGGUAGCGGUAGUGGAACGGGUGGUGGUGGAGGAGGAAGGACGCGCCGUACCGGUUUGCUGACCGUGAUGGAACGACCGCCCGUGAUUAGCCCGGAUCUCAUACGCGAGGUUGAAGCCCGCAUGAAUCGCGACUAUCUGCCACCAUCGCUGCUGUCCUCGGGUGUUGGAGUGGCCUCUACCGGGCCGAUCGAACCUGGGCCAGCUGGGUUACUACCAAUAAUGUCACCACCGAUGCACCCGCAUGUGGGCCUAGUAGCGGGAAUGCUAGCUGGGGUACAAUCGUCACUGGUUACAGGAGGCCCGGUAUCGGCGCCACCGCCGGCCCACUUAUCCCAGCCUCCACCGGUCCAAUCGCAGCUUUGCAACCGCCGGUAUGCCGCCAGAACCUGUAAGCUCCCGACGGUGCAGGAAAUCGGCCGCUACAGUCCAGUACGGCGCGCAUCCGAGGGUUCACGUUUAACGUCCCAAUUCCAGGGUCCAUUCCAGGAGUGUCAACAGUUGCAGAAGGGUCUACAUGCCGCGGCGGUAGCUUCGUCACAACAGCGCAAUAAUCUGCUGAUCACACCCAGCCCACCACUGGCGGAUAACUCCGUCAGCCUGCCCGGGUCUCCGAUGCACUGCAAGGCGUUUGUGGACGAUCGAACCUACCCGGAUAUAACCGUGCCGCAUGACGUGCUACUUUCGCUCGUACCGGGUCUGGAACGGUUGGUGCAAGAGAGCCGCCUACAGAUCGAGGUGGCCAACAGUAUCCUGAACACGCGUACGAUGCCCUACGAGAUCGGGCAGCAGUUAGGGUUAGUGCGUGGUGCUGGUGUCGGUGGACCCGUCGGUUGUACGCUUGAUGUUGGAAUGAAUCUGCUGCAGCUGCAGCACAGUCAGAGUGUGUCCCCACUGAACACGGUGCUGCGGCAGAGUACUGGGGCGAACGCGGGUUAUCCGGUUGCGGGACGUCCAACGGGCCUGACCAUGGGAGGGAUGCAUCCGAGCUACAUUACCGCUGGUGGAGGUGGCGUCGGAACAUUCGGUAACCCGUACGGCGGGUACACGAACCUAAUGGCACCUGUGGCUGCGGUAGGAACGUCUGUGGCUGUAGCGGCUGCGGCGUCGAGUACAGGAAUGUGCCAUCUGUCGGGUUUGGAAUACCCGGGAAGCAAUAGCAACAGCGGGUGUCCAUCGCCGGUGUACUACGCCAGUGGCUGUUCCUCGCCGAUUCUGCCUGGACCACCGGCUUCCAUCGUUAGCGGAUGCAGUGGGAAUUUAGGCGGUUCGAGUACUGCCGGAACAUCCAGCGGAGCGGCAUCGCCGAUGCACCAGAUUACACGUGGCAUCAGCACGCUGAACACGGGUGGUGGUGGAGGAGGAAGUGCCUCGAUGGCGGGAGGGUCGAUCACACGUGGUACGUCUUCGGCGGCCGCGGCCGCAGUAUCCUUUCCUUCUGUCGCCUGCAACGAACCGCUCGACCUCAGCAUGGACAUCGUGAACAGCGUCGAGUUGGAUUUUUCCGGUCGAAUCGCCGGCGGAUGCUACUCCGGAGCGACCACCCCGGUCAACUACUUCGAUCCGAAGAACUUCGUGCUGCUGCCACCAGUUCCGUCGCAAGCGAUGCGGAUCGCCGCUACUCCACCUACGUCACCCAACAAUCUGUGCAUCAUCCAAGAGGAGCACUCCACGGUGGGCCUGCCCAGUGGUGGUCUGUCGAUAGGAGGAGGAACUGGAGCCCCGUUCAAAUGCCACUCGGCCAACGCCUCUCCGGAGGAUCUUAGUUUUCAGCACACGCACCCGCAGAUUUGCCUGACGGACGUACAGGGAAGCGAGAUCACGCUCGUUGCCUUGUCCGAUUCAAGUCACGGCGACAGCGACGAUUCGUUGAACUGUCCCACGGGCAGUAGCGCAACGACGAGCGGGCUCGGAUUUUCAGGGUUGCUUAUCACGGAACCAACGAGCGACAUGCCGUCGAUAACACGUGGUGUUGGUCGGAAGGCGAGCCUCGACACGGAAAACUGCUCGACUGCGACGACAACGACGACGACGACAUCGGCCAAGCUGGACACGUCGGACAUGAGUGAGUCGUAUGUGCGCCGGGGCAGCGACAAGUCGUUGGGUUUCAGCGACGACAGCCUCAGCAACGACUCGAACCACUCGAACUUGUCGCCUUGCCAGGAGCCGUCAGCGUCGAGUUCCGGCUUCAAGAGUGCUGACUCCAACUCUGAACAGGACGGUGCGAGGUUGAGCCCGGACUCGCUGGGCGAUGGCACGAAGAGCGCAGACGAAUGCUACGAUCUGCCGUUGCCACAGGAAUGCUCAUCGCUUGACUCGGUCCGCAUCCUGGAGAUGGUGAAGCGAACACUUGAUUCAACGAUGCCGCCGAAAGGCUGUGUUUACGGUAUUGCCGGAGGCCACGGGAGCAGAUCCUCGGACGGAGCGCAUUCUCACUCCGAUGGAAGGCGUUCGACCGCCGGCGGAUUAAGUGGGGUCGAUCCUUCGACGUCCACGGAUGCUAGUGGCACGAGUCGCUCCAAUUCUGUGCCAGAUGCGGGAUCCAACCUGAGCCUGGAGUUCUCGGGCGGAUUGCAGAUCGAGCUGCAGGUGUACGAAGGACGCAACAGCAAGGAUAGCAAUACGAGCAAGGGCAUUAAGAUGCGACGGAUCUCCGGCGACCAGUACGAAUACGGGAAGCUGUGCCAACAGCUUAUCACGUCGCUAACGGUGUAA